UUGUUUCUUGGAACUGGGAUUUUCCAGAAGAAUGAAAUGAAUAACGCUUAAGGGCAAGUGUCCCAGGGUUUUGGGCUGAUGUGGGAGUACAUUCUUAAGUAAAAGGGAACUGAUACUCUCUCAGUAACAAAAAUUAGCAACAACGACUCUGAGCUGAUUCAAAACCAUGGAUGCAUUAAACACAGAGGACAACGGCUAUGAGGACUAUUAUAAUUCUGAAGAACUUGAGGAAUUUGGGGUCUGCAAGAAGACACAUGUAAAGGAAUUCAGCCGUGUGUUUCUACCGGUGUUCUAUUCCAUCACCUGUGCAUUGAGCAUUAUUACGAAUUUUACUCUUCUUACAUUGUUUAUCAAAUACAAAACUCUGAGGAAGGUGUUGCCUCUGCACAUGGUCAAAUCAGAUAUUCUUUUCACACUUAGCCUUCCCUUCUGGGCAGUGUAUGCCAGCAGCGAGUGGAUCUUUGGUGAUCAAAUCUGUAAGGCAGUCUCAUUGGUUUACAUGGUGAGUUUGUAUAGCAGCAACCUGUUUGUUGCUAGUCUGAGCUUGCAGAGGUUUAUGGACAUGGCAUGUGUUGUUUCUACCACCAGCAUCUUCAACAAUCCCAAGAGGAACACUGUUAUGUGCGUUUUGGUCUGGCUUUUCUCAAUUUUGGCAGCAGCUGCUCACAUCAGCUUUGUUGGGACUCAGAAGUUCCACGAAGCGUUCAUUUGCACUUAUCACUUUAACGAUAACAUCGGCUGGGAAAUCUACACAAGAUUUCAGAUGAACAUAAUUGGGUUCAUCGUACCGUUCCUGGUGCUUCUGUUUUGUUCCAUCAGACUAUCCUGUGUUGCUGAGGUGAAGAGAACGUUUACGGUGUUCAGACAUGAAACUGGAUUCACCCUCGUGUUUUUUCUCAUCUGGUUCCCCUACAGCGUUGUAAUUUUCCUGCAUACUUUGCAAGACCUCCACAUUUUUUAUGCUUGUACCAUUAACAUACACUUUGACUUUGCUAUUCAUGUGACAGAAUGUAUUGCUUUCAUGCAUGUUUUCAUCAAUCCUGUUUUGUUCGUUUUUUUUAACAAAAAAGUCUGGAGACGACUCAGAAAUGCCUGCAAAACCCCAAGGGAGUAUCUGCUGGAGGAAUCCAACAGUUCAACAGUUAUGUCAAGUCAGGAGGGAGCUAUAGAGCUGAAGGCAGUUCAGCGAUAUCAAGCUCAUGACCUGAGCAUGAGUGGUGAACAACCUAAUAAUUUCUUACCUGAGCUCAUGUAAAAGCUUUGUUUCGUUUAUCGCAGUUUAGUAGUUAGGCCAACAAUGCUGUUUAUACUUCAUUAAUCUCUUAGGUUUAUUUUGGUCUUACCCCAACAUUCUUUUCAUAAAGAUAACAGUAGCCUUGACCCUUCACAAUUAACAUUAGAACUUAGAGCCUAUUAAACAAUGCUCAAUGGAUAUUUUGAUCUUUUUGCUUUUAUCUUCAGGAGCUUCAGUGAAGCUGGGAUAGAUGUGAUAUGUUUUGAUAUCAGAAUCAAAAAGAGUUUUAUUGCCAAGUGUGGCACACAAGGAUAAAAAAAAAAAACAUAAUAUAUAUAAGAUGAAAGGGGGGGGUUGGACUAAGUGAAAUAAGCGAUUUUCUAAAAAAAAAAAAGGUUUAUUGUUUAGUCACGAAUUGCUGAAGAUCCAGUUAGUCUAAAUUUUAUUAAAAAAAGAUUAGACAAACUGCACUGUUCCAUACAAAAAAAAUAACAAAAAAAAAAACUUUUUGUUAGAUUUAACAAAAUAUAUGAUACUCUACCAGGGAUGUCAAACUCAUGUAUGGCCGGAGCCCUGCAGAGUUUUGUUUUGAACCCUGCUCCAACACACACAACAUGUUGCUUUCAAAUAAACCUGAAGGAUUUGUUGGUGUUUAAUUAGGGCUGAAUCUAAACUCUGCAGGGCUCCAGCGGCUGCUUCAUAUGAGUAAUAUUUUGCUUAUUGUAUGUUAGCAGUUUUAUGCAGCGCAUAUUAUUAUUAUUUGGUCUUAUCACUAAAAAUUACAAUGGAAGGUCAAAUUCAGCCUUUGUAUGUUUAAUGGUUAUGUGUCUCAUAGCAAAAAAGAAGAACAAAAAAAAAACUUAUAUCGAUAAUGCAAGGUUCUAGGCCUAUUUAAGUGUUAACUCUCUGGCUCAAUCUGUCUUUUUUAUCAGCUGUUUUAUCAGAACUUAAAGUGGCAAUCAUUAGGGGCUAAAAAAGUCUAAAAGAGUGUUUUUAGCAUAGAUAUACAGUAAUGGUGAAUUUUUGAGGAGCUACAAUUUCUAUAAUUGUAAUUGUCAUGUUUUCAAUAGUGACAAAGGUUUAGAGAAGAUGUGUUGCAACACCCCCCUUUCACACAUAAUUGAUAACUCUACUCACUUCCACAAAUUCUUUCAUUUUUAUCGAUGAACUGGACUGACUCACCCGACUUAGUGUCCAGACUCCUUAACAGACUCGUUUGUGUGUGUGUGUGUGUGUGUCUGUGUGCCCUAUGACCCGAGUAGCAGUAGUUUUUUACUGCCAAAAGAGUAUUUGCGCUGUUGCUAGCCAUUAGUAAAUUUUUAUUGAAAGAUAAAUAAAGAGUUUCUCUGAUGGUUCAUUGGAGGACUGAACAGUGGUCAGGUGGGUAGAGGUCAAAGCUGUGCAUUCUGUCCACACGCAGUGUCAGUACAUGAGACGAGAUCGAGAGCAGACAUUGGUCAAGAUCUCACUCAUAGCCCAUGACAGACACAGUUUAGAGCCUAUAGGCAGUGGUAGUAGUGUUUCUCAAGUGAACUGGAGACAUAUAGUUCAUGACAUUCAUAGAGUCCUCCACCCAUCAUGAUUUAUUGUGCAAGGGAGGCAAAGUCUUACUAAAUAAGGCAUUCAUUUAUGACCUGUUUUAGUGUUUAAAAAUAUACGCCAGCUAACUGGGCUCAGUCAUAAAGACACACAACAUCUCUUUAUACAGAUGUUUUAUAGUGUUACCUGUUGUUCCAACUUGAAAGCCUCGUGAAGACACAGCUCCUUGUAAUCCCAGCCAACCCAUCAUCUGACCACAACAUCACUUUACAACGGUGUCCUACAACAUUAAAGCAAACCAGGACAACCAGGAGCCUGGGCUAGUGUUUGCUGAACAGUAAACAUUGUAUUAUUUUUUUAGUAAUUUUGCAGAGAUUUAUAAGUAUUUGUAAGGCACUGUAAUAAUGAGAAUAUGGUUGACUCUUAAUGAAUUGCUUGUGUUGUUCCUCAAUUAAAAGUCACUUUACAUAAAGACCUGACU